AUGGAUCCCCAUAGAGAGACGCCCAAGAAAAACAACACAGAGCAUCUAAUUGCCGACAGGUGGGAAGGAGUUGGUGUCUGUGGCUGGAUCCUGAUUUCCCUUUCUUUCCUCCUGGUGCUUAUUACCUUUCCUAUUUCCAUCUGGGCAUGUAUCAAGGUUAUCAGAGAAUAUGAAUGUGCUGUUGUAUUUCGGCUGGGACGUAUACUGUCUGAGAAAGCAAAGGGACCAGGUGAAUGCAUGCAGUUUUAUUCUGUUAAGAUGCACUGUUUUUAUUUUAUUAUUUCUGCAAUGCAGAUUCUCACAAAAGAUGCUGUUACUACCCAAGUCGCUGGGGUGGUGUGCUACAGGAUCGACAGCGCUGUCAGCGCCGUCGCUAACGUCACUGACGUCCAUUUGGCUACCUUCCUCUUGGCACAGACAACCCUGAGAAACCUCCUGGGUACACAGAGCUUGGCUCAGCUCCUGGCAGCUCGUGGGGAGAUUGCACGCAGUAUUCAGGCUCUCCUCGACAGUGCCACGGAGCAGUGGGGAAUCAAAGUGGCCCGAGUGGAGAUCAAAGAUGUCAGGAUUCCUGUAGCCAUGCAGAGAGCAAUGGCAGCCGAAGCAGAGGCUGCUCGAGAGGCAAGAGCUAAGAUUGUGGCAGCAGAAAGAGAAAUGAAUGCUUCUAAAGCCCUCAAGCAGGCCUCCAUGACGCUGGCUGAGUCUCCAGCAGGUCUUCAGCAACGCUACCUGCAAAUGUUAACAACCUUGGCCGCAGAGAAUAAUUCCACCAUUGUCUUCCCUCUCCCUAUAAAUUUGCUUGAGAGUUUCGGGCAGAAAAAUAGAGGGGGAUAG